AUGGCUCAAACCGUACCAGUGGAUAUCAUCUCGAGUUGGGUCAACAGUACUCAAAUGACCCUGCUCUACUUGAAUUGCAAUACAACUCCGAUUUCACCCUCUAAAAGCUUGGUGCUGUACUCCAAAAAGUUAAAGGACAGGAGCGCAGGACAAAACAAAAUAGGAUACCCGUUGUUUAAGAACCUUCCACCUAUUGGCAAGAUUGUAUCCCUUAAAAUAUUAAACGAAAUCUGGCUGAACGGGGUGAUCCCACAACAAUGGAAAGAGAGGCUAAUCAUACCCAUCCCGAAACCGCAACAGAACCUACACCUCACUAAUAGCUACCGCCUCAUCACCCUCCAUGACUGUUCGGGAAAAUUUUUGGAGCGAAUGGUCAAGCGUCAUCUCGUCUCCGUGCUUGAGUCCAGCAACCGGUUGGAUAUAAGACAGUACGGCUUCUGCCCUGGUUGCUCAACAGAUGAACACCUGGCAAUCCUCGAAAGUAUCCUAGACGAUGCCCUUCGGAAAAAAACCACCACCUCGAAUACCUGUCUCUAG